UUCCGCGCAUUCAGUUUUCUAGAAGCGAAAAGAACGGUUGUGAAUCAUCGAGGUGCUUGAUAAAGUGCAUAUAUCUCUUUGCUGCUGAGACAAAGAAUAAAAUUGCAGAUUUUGUGUGCUGCAAGUAGAAAAAGUGAAUACAGUUUACAAAUACCUUUUCUCGGGUGUAAAGGACAAUUUUAAGGAUGCAGAUUUUUGUGAAGACCCUGACUGGUAAGACCAUUACUUUGGAGGUUGAGCCUUCUGACACCAUCGAGAACGUUAAGGCUAAAAUCCAGGACAAGGAAGGAAUCCCUCCAGACCAGCAGCGUUUGAUUUUCGCUGGUAAGCAGCUCGAGGAUGGCCGCACCCUUUCGGAUUAUAACAUCCAGAAGGAAUCGACCCUUCAUCUUGUCCUACGUCUGCGUGGUGGUAUGCAGAUCUUUGUCAAGACCCUGACUGGCAAGACCAUCACUUUGGAAGUCGAGCCUUCAGACACCAUCGAGAACGUUAAGGCUAAGAUCCAGGACAAGGAAGGAAUCCCUCCAGAUCAGCAGCGUUUGAUUUUCGCUGGUAAGCAGCUCGAGGAUGGCCGCACUCUUUCGGAUUAUAACAUCCAGAAGGAAUCGACCCUUCAUCUUGUCCUGCGUCUACGUGGUGGUAUGCAGAUCUUCGUCAAGACCCUCACUGGUAAGACCAUCACUUUGGAAGUCGAGCCUUCAGACACCAUCGAGAACGUUAAGGCUAAGAUCCAGGACAAGGAAGGAAUCCCUCCAGAUCAGCAGCGUUUGAUUUUCGCUGGUAAGCAGCUCGAGGAUGGCCGCACCCUUUCGGAUUAUAACAUCCAGAAGGAAUCGACCCUUCAUCUUGUCCUGCGUCUGCGUGGUGGUAUGCAGAUCUUCGUCAAGACCCUGACUGGUAAGACCAUCACUUUGGAAGUCGAGCCUUCAGACACCAUCGAGAACGUUAAGGCUAAAAUCCAGGACAAGGAAGGAAUCCCUCCAGACCAGCAGCGUUUGAUUUUCGCUGGUAAGCAGCUCGAGGAUGGCCGCACUCUUUCGGAUUAUAACAUCCAGAAGGAAUCGACCCUUCAUCUUGUCCUGCGUCUGCGUGGUGGUAUGCAGAUCUUCGUCAAGACCCUGACUGGUAAGACCAUCACUUUGGAAGUCGAGCCUUCAGACACCAUCGAGAACGUUAAGGCUAAGAUCCAGGAUAAGGAAGGAAUCCCUCCAGAUCAGCAGCGUUUGAUUUUCGCUGGUAAGCAGCUCGAGGAUGGCCGCACUCUUUCGGAUUAUAACAUCCAGAAGGAAUCGACCCUUCAUCUUGUCCUGCGUCUACGUGGUGGUAUGCAGAUCUUCGUCAAGACCCUCACUGGUAAGACCAUCACUUUGGAAGUCGAGCCUUCAGACACCAUCGAGAACGUUAAGGCUAAAAUCCAGGACAAGGAAGGAAUCCCUCCAGACCAGCAGCGUUUGAUUUUCGCUGGUAAGCAGCUCGAGGAUGGCCGCACUCUUUCGGAUUAUAACAUCCAGAAGGAAUCGACCCUUCAUCUUGUCCUGCGUCUGCGUGGUGGUAUGCAGAUCUUCGUCAAGACCCUGACUGGUAAGACCAUCACUUUGGAAGUCGAGCCUUCAGAUACCAUCGAGAACGUUAAGGCUAAGAUCCAGGACAAGGAAGGCAUCCCUCCAGAUCAGCAGCGUUUGAUUUUCGCUGGUAAGCAGCUCGAGGAUGGCCGCACCCUUUCGGAUUAUAACAUCCAGAAGGAAUCGACCCUUCAUCUUGUUCUACGUCUGCGUGGUGGUAUGCAGAUCUUCGUCAAGACCCUCACUGGUAAGACCAUCACUUUGGAAGUCGAGCCUUCAGACACCAUCGAGAACGUUAAGGCUAAAAUCCAGGACAAGGAAGGAAUCCCUCCAGACCAGCAGCGUUUGAUUUUCGCUGGUAAGCAGCUCGAGGAUGGCCGCACUCUUUCGGAUUAUAACAUCCAGAAGGAAUCGACCCUUCAUCUUGUCCUGCGUCUGCGUGGUGGUAUGCAGAUCUUCGUCAAGACCCUGACUGGUAAGACCAUCACUUUGGAAGUCGAGCCUUCAGAUACCAUCGAGAACGUUAAGGCUAAGAUCCAGGACAAGGAAGGCAUCCCUCCAGAUCAGCAGCGUUUGAUUUUCGCUGGUAAGCAGCUCGAGGAUGGCCGCACCCUUUCGGAUUAUAACAUCCAGAAGGAAUCGACCCUUCAUCUUGUUCUACGUCUGCGUGGUGGUAUGCAGAUCUUCGUCAAGACCCUGACUGGUAAGACCAUCACUUUGGAAGUCGAGCCUUCAGAUACCAUCGAGAACGUUAAGGCUAAGAUCCAGGACAAGGAAGGCAUCCCUCCAGAUCAGCAGCGUUUGAUUUUCGCUGGUAAGCAGCUCGAGGAUGGCCGCACCCUUUCGGAUUAUAACAUCCAGAAGGAAUCGACCCUUCAUCUUGUCCUACGUCUGCGUGGUGGUAUGCAGAUCUUCGUCAAGACCUUGACUGGUAAGACCAUCACUUUGGAAGUCGAGCCUUCAGACACCAUCGAGAACGUUAAGGCUAAAAUCCAGGACAAGGAAGGAAUCCCUCCAGACCAGCAGCGUUUGAUUUUCGCUGGUAAGCAGCUCGAGGAUGGCCGCACCCUUUCGGAUUAUAACAUCCAGAAGGAAUCGACCCUUCAUCUUGUCCUGCGUCUUCGCGGUGGAAACUGAAUCAUUUUGUCGCACCAUUGUCAAACUAGAGUUAUAGGGAAAAUAUGCAAGCUGCUUCCUGGUAUUAAUCAUCAGAUUUCGAAAUCUUGUUUUUGAAUAAUUUCUAAGACAUAAACAAAUCACUGUACUUCAUUAGUUUUGAGUUCUGAAAUAUAGAACAUUCUUGAGCUUUUCAAGGAAGCAGCUUUCAUUUUUCCUGUGGUAAAAUCCAAAUUAUAUGUAGUGAAACCCAACAAUAUCAGACCGGCUUGGUAGUGUUACCAUAGUUGUGCGAGUAAAAAAGCUUUCUAUCAUCUAUAACUGCUUCAAAAUAAAAUGAAACAAAACGUA